AUGAGCUUCCCCUUUGGCAAGAGCCCUUCUCUUUCCACCUGCCUGCAGGGGCUGCGCAACCUGGGGCAGCCCCCCAGACCCAUGACAUCUAGGGCAUGUGCGCCCCCUCCGCCGCGGGAGGUGCCCCUCUGUCCGCUGAUGCCACGUGGUGAGACGCAGAACGCGGCCGCCCUGCCGGGUCCCACCAACUGGCCACUGCUGGGCAGUCUGCUGGAGAUUCUUUGGAAAGGGGGCUUAAAGAAACAGCAUGACACUCUGGCAGAGUACCACAAGAAGUAUGGCAAAAUUUUCCGGAUGAAGUUGGGUUCCUUCGACUCGGUGCAUCUGGGCUCACCGUGCCUCCUGGAAGCGCUGUACCGCACCGAGAGCGCGUAUCCCCAGCGGCUGGAGAUCAAACCAUGGAAGGCCUAUCGCGACUACCGCAAGGAGGGCUACGGGCUGCUGAUCUUGGAAGGAGAAGACUGGCAGAGGGUCCGGAGUGCCUUUCAGAAGAAACUCAUGAAACCAGUGGAAAUUAUGAAGCUGGACAACAAAAUCAAUGAGGUGCUGGCUGACUUUAUGGGUAGAAUAGACGAACUCUGUGACGAAAGAGGCCGCAUGGAGGACCUGUACCGCGAGCUGAACAGGUGGUCCUUUGAAAGUAUCUGCCUCGUAUUAUAUGAGAAGAGAUUUGGGCUCCUUCAGAAGAACACUGGGGAAGAGGCUCUGAACUUCAUCGAGGCCAUCAAAACAAUGAUGAGCACGUUUGGGAGGAUGAUGGUCACGCCGGUGGAGCUGCACAGGAGCCUCAACACCAAGGUCUGGCAGGCCCACACGCUGGCCUGGGACACCAUCUUCAGGUCAGUCAAGUCUUGUGUCAACAGUCGGUUAGAGAAAUAUUCUCAGCAGCCUGGUGCUGAUUUCCUAUGCGACAUUUACCACCAUAGUCAGCUCUCCAGGAAGGAACUGUAUGCUGCCGUCACGGAGCUUCAGCUGGCUGCCGUAGAAACGACAGCCAACAGCUUGAUGUGGAUUCUCUACAAUUUAUCCCGUAAUCCCCAAGUGCAACAAAAACUUCUUAAGGAAAUUCAAAGUGUAUUGCCUGAGAAUCAGACACCACGGGCUGAAGACUUGCGGAAUAUGCCAUAUUUAAAGGCCUGUCUGAAAGAAUCUAUGAGGCUUACCCCAAGUGCGCCAUUUACAACUAGGACUCUGGACAAGGCAACAGUCCUGGGUGAAUAUGCUUUACCCAAAGGAACAGUGCUCACGCUGAAUACCCAGGUGCUGGGUUCUGACAAAGACAACUUUGAGGAUCCAAGUCAGUUUAGACCUGAACGUUGGCUUCAGGAGAAGAAAAAGAUUAAUCCUUUUGCACAUCUCCCAUUUGGCCUUGGGAAAAGGAUGUGCAUUGGCCGCCGGCUGGCUGAACUCCAGUUGCACUUGGCUCUCUGCUGGAUCGUCCGCAAAUAUGACAUUGUGGCCACAGACAAGGAGCCUGUUGAAAUGCUGCAUCUGGGUAUCCUGGUGCCCAACCGGCAGCUCCCCAUCGCAUUCUGCCAGCGAUAA